AUGGGCGGCGCCGCCGGGCCCCUUCCCGGGGUUCCGCCGCCGGACCUGGCGGCGGUGUGCGUCACCGGCGCCACGGGGUACAUCGGGUCGUGGCUCGUCCGCUCUCUUCUCCGGCGGGGAUACCCUGUCCACGCUGCUUCCAGAGACCUCCGUAAGCGUUUCUCCACUCUGUUCCCCUCUCCCUUCUCCUUCACCGGCGGCGCCGCCGGUGAGGCGGUUGCCGGCGCCGGAGACGACGCCACCAAUAGGGUAGAGACUGUGGGCUCUCAGGCUCAAUGAUCUCUUCGGCCCACUUAACAGGGAAGGCAGAGCAGCUCCGGGAUUCGGCGUGGGGCGGCGCCGCCUCCCAACGGCUGAAGCUCUUCAGAGCCAUCAUGGAGGAGGAGGGGAGCUACGACGAGGCGGUGGAGGGCUGCGUCUGCGUCUUCCACGUGGCCGCCUCCAUGCAGUUCAGCGUCCCCCCCGACGCCGCCGACCAGGGUAACCCGCCGCCGGCUGAGAAAAUUCCUAUUCCCCUCCACCGCCGUCCUUCUUCCUCUCAUACCUUCCUCCGUUGACCUUGCUGGCAGACGGCUAUGUCCGCCGGCAGGUCCUGCAGCCGGCGGUGGAAGGGACGCUCAACGUGAUGCUCUCUUGCCGGAGAGCUGACUCUGUAAAAAGGGUGGUCCUCACCUCCUCCAUCAGCACCGCCACCGCAAGGAACUCCUCCGGUGGGUGGAACCCCCUCGUCGACGAGUCCUCUCUCGUUUCCGUCGACUCCAUCUGGAAGGAGAAGCCCCCCGGUUGGGUAAUGUCGCCGAUAGCUCUCUCCCUCCCUCCCUCUCUCUCCCUCCCUCCCUCUCUCUCCCUCUCUCUGUCUCUGUCUCUCACUCUCCCUCUGUUUCUCUGUCUCUGUCUCUCUGUCUCUCUGUCUCUCUCUCUGUCUCUGUCUCUCUCUCUCUCUCUCUCUCUCUCUCUCUCUCUCUCUCUCUCUCUCUCUCUCUCUCUCUCUCUCUCUCUCUCUCUCUCUCUCUCUCUCUCGAUCUCGAUCUCUAUAUCUCCGACCCUGGUUGACUCGCAGGCCCCCUAGGGGCAGGGAGAUGGGUAGUAGCCCACCUCCCCCGUUAAGCUCAAGUUCUCUCUUUCUCUCUCUCUCCCGUUCAUGGAUUGGGUGGUGCAGGCGUACGCGCUCUCCAAGGUGAUGACUGAGGAGGCGGCGCUGCGCUUCGCCGGAGAGAGCGGGAUGGAGCUGGUGGCGGUGGUGCCGACGACGGUGGCGGGGCCCUUCCUCACGCCGGAAGUCCCGGUGAGCCUCCGCGUCCUCUUAUCGCCGAUAACCAGUAAGUACGCUUCCGCCAUAGCCGUGCGCGAAAGAUCUUCUCUUCUCGCCGCUGAUCGCCAUCGCCGGUGAUGCCAGAGGAACCCUUGCUCUACCCGAUCCUCCUCGCCGUCAAUUCCAGAAUGGGCUCCAUCUCUCUGGUGCACAUUGAGGACCUGGUAGAGGCUCAGAUAUUCCUCAUGGAGGCGGCGGUGGCGGAGGGCCGGUACAUCUGCUCCGGCGGGAGCUGCAGCAUGGACACGCUGGCGGAGCUGCUCUCGUCGGAAUAUCCGCCGUUCGACGGCGGCGCUUCGGCGCCGCAGCCACCGCCGCCGCUGCCGGCGGCGAUCUCCACGAGGAGAUUGACGGAGCUGGGGUUCCGGUUCACGCACGGGGUCAAGGAGGUCGUGAGGGAGACAGUGGCCUGCUGUGUCCGGGUCGGAUUCCUGAGGAAUCCCGAAGCCGUUUGCUCGUCCAGUUCCCAGGAAUGA